CAAGAUGUUUGAUGAAAUCUGAUGAAAUCCAGGAACACAAAAAGCCAGUUAGGAUCACAAGAAACCAGUCGGGCAAUACUGUUUGCAAGAAAAAAUAUAUACUUAUCUUACAAGCCAAGACUCAGGCUCGGUCCCUUCGGGAAAACGAUCAAUCCUCCCUCCAUUUUCUCUUUCCAGGAAUUUUCCGAAAAGGGAGAGUUAGAUAUAUAGAGAGAGGGAGAAGAUUUAGCUUGGGCCCUUCAGGAAAACAAUCUUCUUUCCCUCCCUCUUUUUAUAUCUACAAGUUCUCAGUAAAGGGAGAGAGAGAUAUAUAGAGAGGAAGAAGGCCUGAGAAUGCCCGAAACGGAGUCGGAAACUACGCCGUCGGCGACAACGGGAAAAUCCCAGAAUGCAGAUCAACAGAAAGUGCCAUUUUAUAAGCUUUUCACGUUUGCAGAUCGUCUUGACAUUGCACUAAUGAUUGGGGGAACACUCGGAGCCAUUGGCAAUGGUAUGUCUCAGCCUAUCAUGACCCUGAUAUUUGGGAAGCUUAUUAAUACCUUUGGUGGUAGCAGUGGAAAACCAGAUCUCUUAGAUGAAAUCUCGAAGGUGUGCCUUGAUUAUGUUUACUUGGCUAUCGGCGCUGGCAUUGCCUCCAUUUUACAGAUGUCGUGCUGGAUGGUAACUGGAGAAAGACAGGCGACCCGCAUACGUGGUUUGUACUUGAAAACAAUCUUGAGGCAAGACAUUUCAUUCUUUGACACUCAAACAACGACAGGAGAGGUCAUUGGCAGAAUGUCUGGAGACACAGUCCUCAUCCAAGAAGCCAUGGGUGAAAAGGUAGGGAAAUUCAUCCAGUUUGCAUCAACAUUUCUUGGAGGAUUUGUGAUUGGUUUCAUCAAGGGGUGGCGUUUGGCAAUAGUCCUAUGCAGUUGUAUUCCUGCUCUGGUUGUUGCUGGAGGAGCUAUGGCAUUGUUCAUGUCCAAAAUGUCAAGCCGUGGCCAAAUUGCUUAUGCAGAUGCCGGAAAUGUAUUAGAACAAACUGUAGGAGCAAUUAGAACGGUUGCAUCAUUUACCGGAGAAAAGCGAGCAAUCAAGAAAUAUGACGACAAACUACAGGUUGCUUAUGAGUCGACAAAUAAACAAGGACUGGUUUCAGGACUGGGACUUGGCACGAUCUUGCUGAUUGUCUUCUCUAUUUAUGGACUAGCAAUAUAUUAUGGAUCCAGGCUAGUUUUAACCAAAGGAUACAAUGGUGGGGAUGUCAUUAAUGUCAUGAUGGCCAUAAUGAUGGGAGGAAUGUCAUUGGGCCAAACAUCUCCCAGUCUAAAUGCAUUUUCAGCAGGGCAAGCUGCAGCUUUCAAGAUGUUUGAGACUAUCAAGCGUGUACCCCAAAUUGAUGCAUAUGAUAAUAGUGGGAUUGUCUUGGAAGACUUGAAGGGUGAAAUUGACCUCAAGGAUGUAUACUUCAAGUAUCCCGCAAGACCAGAUGUGCAAAUUUUCUCUGGAUUCACAUUGCACGUUCCUAGUGGCACGACUGCAGCUUUAGUAGGGCACAGUGGAAGUGGGAAAUCGACAGUUAUCAGUCUCUUGGAGAGAUUUUAUGACCCUGAAGCUGGGGAAGUGCUUGUUGAUGGCGUGAACAUUAAGCAGCUGCAGAUCAAAUGGUUAAGAGAUAAAUUAGGGCUAGUGAGCCAGGAGCCAAUCCUAUUUGCAACUUCCAUAAGGGAAAACAUACUGUAUGGAAAACCAGGUGCAACGGACUCAGAAAUCAGAACAGCAAUUGGGCUGGCUAAUGCUGCGAAAUUCAUCGACAAACUCCCUAAGGGGCUUGACACAAUGGUCGGCGAACAUGGAACUCAACUCUCUGGGGGACAAAAGCAGCGGAUUGCAAUUGCUAGAGCCAUUCUAAAGAACCCAAGAAUCCUUCUUCUUGAUGAAGCGACAAGCGCUCUGGAUGCAGAGUCGGAACGCAUAGUACAAGACGCCCUUGAUAAGGUUAUGAUCAACAGAACUACAGUGGUUGUUGCACAUAGAUUGACGACUAUCAGAAAUGCUGACCUCAUAGCAGUAGUACAUGCUGGUAAACUCGUUGAACAAGGAACUCAUUCCGAGUUGAUUAAAGAUCCUAAUGGCGCAUACUACCAGCUUGUCCGUAUGCAAGAGGGGUCCAGGUCCAACCAAGCUAAAGGAAAUUCCACAAAAUUGGACGUAGAGAUAUCAGAAGCUUCUAUUGAUUUAGAUGACAGUUUACAUAGGAGUUUGAGCCAAAGAAUGUCUCUGAGAUCCACGAGCAGAGGAUCAUCAAGACAUUCCUUCACUCUCAAUUUUGGAGUUCCUGGUCUCAUUGACAUCCAUGAAGCAGAAGUAGGACAAGAUGUACAUGGAACUGAUGAAGCUGACUUGAAGAAGAGCCAAAAAUUCUCACUUUUACGACUCUUCAAUUUAAACAAACCUGAGCUACCAUUUAUGCUGCUUGGUUCCAUUGCUGCUUGUGGGCAUGGUGUUGUCUUCCCUGUUUUUGGGCUCUUACUCUCAAAAUGCAUUAGAAUUUUCUUUGAACCUCCACAUGAACUAAGGAAAGAUGCGAGAUUUUGGUCACUGAUGCUUGUUGGUUUAGGUGCUUUGACUUUGGCAAUUGUACCAGUGCAGAAUUACCUUUUUGGAGUUGCAGGUGGUAAAUUAAUACAAAGAAUUCGAUCUUUGUCAUUUCAGAAAGUAGUCCACCAAGAAAUCAGUUGGUUUGAUGACCCUGCAAACUCGAGUGGUGCUGUGGGUGCGAGGUUGUCUACUGAUGCUUCAACUAUGAGGAGUUUGGUGGGCGAUGCUUUGGCGCUAGUUGUCCAGAAUCUGUCGACAGUAGUAACUGGGCUUGUGAUCUCGUUUACUGCUAAUUGGAUACUAGCAUUUAUAGUUGUAGCCGUAUUACCCUUCAUUGGAUUACAAGGAUUUCUCCAGGCGAAGUUCCAUAAGGGCUUUAGUGGAGAUGCCAAGGUCAUGUAUGAAGAAGCAAGUCAGGUAGCAAAUGAUGCUGUUGGCAGUAUUAGAACUGUUGCAUCAUUUUGUGCUGAAGAGAAGGUUAUGGACACAUAUCAAAAGAAAUGUGAAGGCCCCAUGAAAUAUGGUGUUAAGCAAGGAAUGGUCAGUGGCUUUAGCUUUGGACUUGGGUCUUCUGCAAACUAUUUAGCAACUGCAUUCAUCUUCUGGAUUGGAGCUCGUCUUAUUGAACAUGGGAAAGCAACCUUUGGUGAUGUAUUCAAGGUUUUCUUUGCAUUGACAAUGGCAGCUUUGGGAGUUUCCCAGACAACCGCUUUGACUCCAGAUAUUAACAAAGCUAAAGUUGCUGCUGCUUCUAUAUUUGAAAUUCUUGAUAGUAAGCCUAAGAUUGAUUCAAGCAGUGAUGAGGGUCAAGUGCUUGCUACUGUGAAGGGUGACAUUGAGUUGCAACAUGUAAGCUUCAGGUAUCCAACACGGCCCGAUGUUCAAAUUUUCAAGGAUCUGUGCCUAUUAAUUCCUUCUGGAAAGACUGUUGCCCUUGUUGGUGAAAGUGGUAGCGGGAAGUCCACAGUCAUUAGCCUAAUAGAGAGGUUCUAUAAUCCUGACUCCGGGCACAUAUAUCUUGAUAAUGUGGAAUUGUGGAAGCUGAAGAUAAAUUGGCUCAGGCAACAAAUGGGGUUGGUGGGUCAAGAACCUGUACUCUUCAACGAAACAAUUCGGGACAAUAUUGCCUAUGGCAAACGGGGGAAUGUAACAGAGGAGGAGAUCAUUGCUGCAGCAAAAGCUGCAAAUGCACAUAACUUCAUUUCCGGAUUGCCUCAGGGAUAUGAUACUUCUGUUGGAGAAAGAGGGGUCCAGUUAUCCGGUGGACAGAAGCAACGGAUCGCCAUUGCACGCGCAAUACUCAAAGAUCCAAAAAUCCUUUUGCUAGAUGAGGCAACAAGUGCUCUUGAUGCAGAAUCAGAACGUAUAGUUCAAGAUGCACUAGAUAAGGUGAUGGUGAAUAGAACCACAGUUGUUGUCGCUCAUCGCUUGAGCACAAUAAAAGGGGCUGAUAUCAUUGCAGUAGUCAAGAAUGGUGUGAUUGCUGAGAAAGGAGGACAUGAUACGCUUAUGAACAUUCCUGAUGGUGUCUACGCAUCACUGGUUGCACUUCAUAUGACUUCAACCUAGGCCAGCUACUUCAUAAUUCUACAAUAGAACCAUUUUUUUUCCCCUUCCCUGAUCCCUCCACUCGUGGUAGAAACAGAGUCACGAUACAUAAGCUUCAUGGUACGCUUGUUGAUGCGUGCACCUUCAAUUGCUAGUCAAUGUUGCAACUCUUGGCACAUUUUUUUUUUUUUUUUUGGAGUUUUAUCACUUUGGUUUAUAGAUAUGGUACUCAAGCUAAUAUGCUGAUUUUGUAUAUAGAAAAGGGUUAGCAAUGCAACCACUUUAUGUUUAUUUUUUUUUUACUAAUGCUGAUUCUGUAUAUAGAAAAAUGUAAUGGAACCA